AGUUGGAAUCUUGAAGUUAACUUUUGUGAAUCAAGCAGAAUAAGAUUUUCUUUCUUGCUUGAAAAGUUAAACACAAUUAGAAUAAGUGAAUAUUGGGUAUUUAGUGGUAAGUAUUCAAGUGCAGAGCAUCAUCCUUAUGAUCAAGAACUUGAGGACAUUCCUAGUAGAACUCCUAAAGUUCAACUAUUGUUACUAUAUGUGGAAAGUGAAUUAGGUUGGAGAGGAGAUUUUGAGUUUAGAAUUAGGGAAUUUG